UGAUCCGACUGGAAACACGUUCUUGUUUAUGGUUAUGGAGCAGCUACGAUCCCUGCAGCUGAUUCGUCGCUCCUGAUCCUAUGAAACCGAAACCCAGAGGAGUCCGAUGUGUGCUUGUAAAUGGACGGUUCGCCGUGCCUUCGUGUGUCUCAGUGUCACACACAACAGUUCAGGAGGUGUCUCCAGUCCAUAGGAGCUCUAGAUCUGAGGAUGCGUCUGUUGAAAGACUCAGAUGGAACCGUCCUCUUACCCAUAUCCCCUUCCUGUGUGUCACAGCUGGAUCUGCACUCUCUCAGAAGCAUGGUGGCCUCAGACAGCUUGUGUGAACUAGUCUGGAGACAGGUAAAUAAAGAGAAGGGAAAGACGAGUGGAGGUCAACUCGAACAAAUCCUCCAGGAUCUGCUGGAGUCUUAUGGUGAAAGAUGGACAGAGGAGAUGAGGGCGGACCUCCCUCGCAGCUUCCAGAGGCACGGAGACCUGGUCCUGCUGGGGGACGGCUGUUUCUCCCUCCAUCUGUGGAAGAAAAUGGAUGGACGGCUGUGGAGAGCAGUGGCCGAAGGUCUGGGGGCAACGCGUUUGGCAAAGAUCAGUCGAAUUUCCAGUGAUGGAUUUAGGUCUCCGGCGGUGACGAUGCUGCUGGGAGAGCACAGCUGGGUCAAACAUGUGGACAAUGGUAUCAGGUAUGAGUUCGAUGUCACCAAAUCUAUGUUUUCAGCCGGAAACAUAACGGAGAAGCUGCGCGUGGCUGGAUUUGACUGCACAGGAGAGACGGUGGUGGAUUUAUAUGCAGGUAUCGGAUACUUCACUCUCCCACUACUGGUCCAUGCUGGGGCCAGCCAUGUUCACGCGUGCGAGUGGAACCCUGAUGCUGUUGAAGCUUUACAGAAAAACCUGGAGGCCAACGAGGUGUCUGACCGCUGCACAAUCCACCGAGGAGACAACCGAGAGCUCCGGCUGUGUGACAUUGCUGACCGCGUCAACCUGGGUCUCAUACCGAGCUCGGAGGACGGCUGGCCUGUCGCCUGUCGCCUGCUGAAGAGGACCACAGGUGGCAUUUUGCACAUUCACCAGAACGUCACCUCACCAUUACCGACCACUGAGGCCAUUCCAGCAAUCGAUGAUGCCGCCCACAGGGUUUCUGGGAAGAAGGCCGACAGAGAGGCGUGGCAGGCCUGGGCUGAGGAUACAGCUAACCUCAUUGCUUCUCUUCUGAGGGACAUCAGCGGUGUAUCCUGGUUCACAAACGUCCAGCACAUAGAGCAUGUGAAGUCAUACGCACCUCAUGUCCACCAUGUUGUCCUGGACCUGGAGUGCAGACCUGUGUGAGCUGAAGAACACAGAUGCAUUGAGGACACAGGGACUCUGAACUUUUAAUGCACUGAAGUUGCUUUUUUUAGAAGAAGAAAUAGGUUGAGGAUUCAAAGAGAACAACUCCCGCUUGUUUCUGUGAUUACUUUUACUCUGCUGAUGCAGUGUUUUUCUAAAGCCUCGGGCAGGUUGAGCAUUAAUGCAGUUUUUUGGUGCAAUUUUAAUUACAUGGAAGCUGCCCAGCUUUACCCAUCCACAGCCUUAACUGCCUCAUCUGCCUUAUCUGCUGACCGGAGAACUUAACUGGAGCAUGAGUAGGUAAAGGUUUAAAGGAAAAACACUCACACACUCGUGAGAAUUGGCUACGAUGUGAAUCAUAUGAUCUGGUCUCUUCACGCAUCAGAUUUUAACCCAGUUGAACAGCUAAAGCAGAUAUUGGAAUCCAAAUAAGGGAAAAUCUUCCGGUUGAGCGGCGUUCAUCCUUCCAGUAGUGAUCUAUGCCAAUGAGCACUGAGGCUCUGAAAAUGACUUGUGGUGGAGUCACAUGUUUUUUAAGACAGUUGAUGCAGUUUUUCUUGUGUCAUCCUUCUGCAUCUGCUGUGGGGGAAUCAGGAGCUCAAUGUAGAUCCAUAUUAGACUGAUAGGGUUUGAUUUAUGAGUGUUAUCAGUCUUAUGGAAAUACAGAGUCUCCAGGAAUAUCCAGGGCUAUGUCUUUUUAUAAUGUCUGUAUAUUAGGGCGAGGCAAUAUGGCAAAAAAUGGAAAGAUAUAGAUUUUCCUAUCUGUCCAUUACGAUAAUUCUCACUAUUAAUGUCACUUUAUUAUUUCUUUUACGUUAAAAGGCUGUUUUUUUGCUCCUGAGUUAAUGUUAUAGUUUCUUCUUUAUGGGCAGAGAAUAACACUGUAUAAGCAUAUAUAUUGUUAUAUUUCUAUUGAUGAAAAUUAUAUUGUGAUAAUUCCUGUUAUUGUUGUACUGCUUAGCCUUCUACGUUAGCAACUUGUAAAAGCUUUACAAUGACGAGAAGGAACAAUGUGGAAGAGAGUAGCUAAUUUAUAAUUUUUGGGGAAGAAUAUAUUUUGGGGUUUGACAAGCACUUAAUUUAGACUUUAAGACUGUUGUGACUACAGGUAUGGUGGCCCUGACGAGCCAGUCACAAAGGCAAACAAGAAAAUACAAAUAUGAUUUGACAAAUAAGGACUCCGCCAAUAAAGCAAACAAUAAUCCAUGACGGCAAAACACAACAGUAAACGAGCCAUCGAGGCAAAACACAACAGAAGGCAAGAAAACAAUGAUAAAUAAGAAAACUAUUUGUGUUGUGUUUUUUGAUUUGUUGUGUUUUUUUGAUGUGUUGUGUCUGCUGGUGUGUGUUCUCCUUUGUGGUUUGCACUUCGGGGCCACCAUACAUUGAUGGAGAAGUGAUCCUUGCUGCACUUGUCUGACUUUUGAGGAAAGAGAGAAAUAAAAAAAACCUGCACUUCUC